UUUUUUCAGUUCAAAUAAUUUAAUAAUUAAUUUAAAAUGUUUAAUAUAAAUAUUACAUUAAUUGCAACAAUUUUAAUUUAUUCCCUAACCUUAUUAAUUGGAUUAUUUGGAAAUUGUUGGGUUGUAGCUUCCGUUAUGAGAACAACAAAAAAGGGUGUUGGGGGAAUUGGGGGAUCUCAUCAUAGUGGAAUGCCUAGUGUUAGUCCUUCUGAUAGAUUAAGAAAAUAUAUUUGGUUAUUGGCACUUCUUGAUUUAUUAGUUAGUGGCUCUUUGUCUAUGCGUGUUUGGAGUUUAAUUUUUCCAAAACAAAUUUUUUCUAAUCAUUGGUGUCAAUUUAAUUUUGCUAUUGACCAUAUAUUCAAACUUUGCUCAAUUACUUGUUUGGCCUGUAUUAGCAUUGAACGAUUUAUUACUAUACGAAAACCUUUUAAUAAUAAAGUAAAUUUUUAAUUUAUUGGAAAACGAAGGUGAAGAGCAUAUCUAAUUCCUCAAAUCUCUAGGACCGAAAAUUUUCCGAGACUCUGGAUCAAGCUUUUAUACCAAAACUUAAAUCUAAGAACGUCUUCAAGAACGUUUUGAGGUACACCUUACCAAGCCACGAACACCGUUCAUUUCUAAGAGGGCCCCUUCUUCUCCCAAAUCCUUUACUCAAUUGAGCUUGGAAUAGGCGCUGGAUAUCCUGACUGGGUAAACUCCUACCUACCACAAGUCCAUUCUAUUUUAGAGUCUCGGAUCCUGUUAACUUCCCAGAUGUCCGUAUCUACCAACCUAUCUUAGGGCGUAAACCACUAAAAGCGAUUUUGGUGUAAGUGGGGUCAUAUCUCUUUGUCUUGAUAAUAAAAUCGACAAGAUAAAGGGAGGCAUACUUAAAAGAUGAGACUUUGGAGGAUUGAAUAAGGGCUGGAAUUGAAAGGAUAUACCUAAUAAGCCUUCUCUUUUU